AUGAACGGCAUCCUUGAUGGCUGCAGACAGGAAUCUGGGGAAUCUAGCAGGCAUCGCAGCUUUAUCCAUGGCUGCUCCACUACAUCUCAACCCAAGGAUGUGGCCCAAACGCCUGCCAACAUCCCCUCCCACACUCUUUCGUCUUCAUCGCGCCCGCGGGACCAAGACUCAGCCUAUCUGCUCGAGGACGACGAAAAGACCAGUCCGCGAUCCUCCUUCUCGUCGGCGACCGCUGCCUCGGAAUUCUCGCUUUGGAGUGACACAGGCGAUCUUGUCGACCAGCUUGCAGACGACGAAGACCCUCUCUCGAAUCGCCUUCGAGAGUCCGUCGAGGGCGUUCCUCUCGUCACCCUUCCCAAGCAUCGCAGGCACCAAAAACGGGUCCGAUAUCGAUCCCAGGAUAAUACUAGAGAGAAGAACGCACAGCCUGGAGUCGUUAAGAGGAAGGAGGACAUAGAGAUACCCAAUCCUGCUCCCCGGAUUAUCUCUCGUGCAGAACGGAUUCUCGCUUUCAUCAUGGCUCCCCGAGAUGGACCCUCCCGUAUCCACGGGCUACAUGGGAAGAAGCUCAUUUACUUCACUAGCGUGUUUGUAUCAUUAGGCGUUUUCUUGUUCGGAUAUGAUCAAGGUGUAAUGUCAGGCAUCAUCACCGGUUCGUACUUCAAAGACUAUUUUAAUCAACCCUCGAGUGCUCAGAUCGGCACAAUGGUGGCUAUCCUCGAAGUUGGGGCUUUAAUAUCAUCUCUGGUGGUGGGAAGGGUUGGAGAUAUCAUCGGACGUCGGAAGACUAUCCUAUACGGCUCACUCAUAUUCCUAGUUGGUGGUGCCUGUCAAACAUUUGCCAAUGGCAUGCCGAUGAUGAUGCUAGGAAGAAUUAUCGCUGGUCUCGGGGUGGGAGCGCUGUCUACCAUCGUCCCAGUAUAUCAGUCGGAAAUAUCUCCGCCUCAUAACCGUGGAAAGCUAGCCUGUAUCGAGUUCACAGGAAACAUCAGUGGGUAUGCUGCAAGCGUCUGGGUCGAUUACUUCUGCAGCUAUAUCAAAAGCGACUGGGCAUGGAGAAUACCAUUGCUCAUGCAGUGUGCCAUGGGACUGUUGCUCGCUUUCGGCAGCCUACUCAUCUGCGAGUCUCCGAGAUGGUUACUCGACAAUGACCAUGACGAAGAAGGUAUUGUUGUCAUUGCCAAUCUCUACGGAAAGGGAGAUAUCCACAACCCCAAAGCGCGUGACGAAUACCGCGAGAUCAAAAUGAAUGUUCUGCUCGGACGCCAAGAAGGAGAGAGAUCAUAUACCGAUAUGUUCAAGCGAUACUCCAAGCGCGUUUUCAUUGCCAUGUCCGCCCAAGCCCUCGCGCAACUCAACGGCAUUAACGUCAUAUCCUACUAUGCGCCACUAGUCUUUGAAGAAGCCGGCUGGUAUGGGCGUCGUGCCAUUCUGAUGACUGGAAUCAAUGCCCUCACCUACCUUCUUUCCACCAUACCGCCCUGGUAUGUUGUCGAUAAAUGGGGCCGACGUCCAAUCCUCUUGACCGGCGCUCUUGCUAUGAUGCUGUCACUUUCUCUCAUAUCGUAUUUCAUCUACCUCCAGGCCAGCUGGACGCCCAACUGCGUCGUCUUAUUUGUUAUGAUAUACAAUGCCGCAUUCGGCGCAUCUUGGGGGCCGAUACCUUGGCUAUAUCCACCGGAGAUUCUACCGCUAAGCAUCCGCGCGAAGGGCGCGAGUUUGAGUACAGCUUCGAACUGGGCUUUCAACUGGCUUGUGGGCGAAAUGACGCCCAUCUUGCAAGAGUGGAUCCAAUGGCGGCUGUAUCUCAUCCAUGCGUUCUUCUGUGCUGUCAGUUUCGUUGUUGUCUGGUUCAUAUAUCCCGAAACGGCCAACGUUCGUUUGGAAGACAUGAACUCCCUCUUCGGAGACGCAACUUCCGUCAUGCCUACACCGGCCACUCUCGCGGAAGCCGAAUCUCUGUUCAGCGGACACGGUUCGCCAGUGCCAUCGCUCGAUAUCCGACGGCCAGGCUUUGGUGCCGACAGUGCUAUCCCUGGCCUCGAUAUCAACCCGCCCGAAGUGGGAGAUCGGGAUAGAGCGGAGACAGGUGAAGGCGUGGGCGGAUGGAUCUCGAAUCUUGUCAAGAAUGCCCGCGGGAAAGGCAACGAUGAUGACGCCCAAAGCGCUAAAUACAAGCAGGUCCACCAAGAUGAUGAAGAGGAAUGAAAGAUUUGAGUCUUGGGGAUGAUUUGUUCUACAUGCAUCGUGUCCGGGGUGGCACGAUAUCGAGCGAGAGCUUAGAGGCGCGGCAGCAUGGUUUGUAUAUGGCGGCUGCGAGGCUAGUUAUAGAGAGUAGAGUGGGGGCGUUUUAUGAUGACGCGGCCCGCGGCUGCUCUGAUCAUUCUCGAUUUUGUUUCGAAACGGCAUUCUUGUACAGGUACCAGAAUUAAGUAUAUUUUGGACUCACUCAGCCGCCCAUCGUGGUGUUAAUGGUGGAGUUCGUGGUGAAGCAUAUCUAAUUGAUCUGUUUGACCUUCGGCUAAACUUGCUCUUCGGGCAAGUAUACGCAGGAGCUUAAUAUACGGAUAAAAUAGAUCAAAGCUAGACAAGCUGUAAUUGUUGCUCGCUAGAGCUGUAGUUCAGAAGCAGGUAUAUGUGUAUGUACAGAGCUUCAGUUGCUAGAAAGAUAG